AUGACCACUCUUUUCACCAUCCCCAUCGCCUCUGGUGGCAGCAUUGUCUGCAGCAAUCCUUCGUCGUCAGAAAAGGAAAAGAACAUCUACCUGUUGACAUUUACCUCUCCCAAAGACAACCGACUGACGCCUGUAUUUAUCGAUGCGCUCCUACUCGCCUUGGACGUGGUCGAGCACCGCUACCCCAAAGGCGUGCUGAUUACCACCAGCGGCAUUGCCAAGUUCUACAGCAAUGGACUGGAUCUGGAGCUGGCACAGACGACUGAAGGAUUCGUAGAGAACUAUCUGUGGAAGCUGUUCCGACGACUCUUGACAUAUCCCAUGCCGACCAUUUGUCUGUUGAACGGCCACGCCUUCGCCGGGGGCUGCAUGCUGGCCAUGUACCAUGACUACCGGAUCCAGAACCCCUCCAAGGGAUACCUGUGCAUCAACGAGCUUGAAUUCGGAGUGCCGCUGCAAUCGCCAAUGAUGUGUAUUUUCCGGGAAAAGCUACCGCCAGUCUCCUUUCGGGACCUGGUCCUGGAGGCAAAGCGGUUCAGCGGCGCUCCAUCGGUGAGUGCAGGCCUUGUGGAUGGACUGGGAGGUCUGGAGGAGACGCUCACGUUUAUUCGGGAGCGCGGAUUACUGAAGAAAGCGGCCACAGGGAUCUACGGUACCAUGAAGGAGGAGAUGUAUCGUCAUUCGUUGGGGAUUCUGGAUGGCCAUGCGGCGAAUCUGGAGUGGAGGGACCAAGUGGAGGAUAGGAAGAGUCAGAUAGAGGAAGAUGGGUUGAAAGCCGUGGAGGCUUGGGAGAAAAGAAGUGCGAAGCUUUGA